UUUUUACAUUCAUCAACUGUUCAAAUCACCUAACCUCAAAGUUGAGAUUUCUUGCCUUCAGCAUAGCAAAUUCAAAUAGAAAGUUCUAUCCCUAAUAAAACAGAUGAAAGGGUCAACCCCUUAACCUCAUCUAAGUCAAUGCUGCUUUUGCUUUAUAUAUCCCAGUAUUAUCCCAAGUUUAAGAUCAUCAAUCAGCUCUAGCAACCAUGUCUUCCUCCAACUUCGCCUCCUUUCUAUGUCUAUUAGCCUUUUCUCUCCUUGUCCACACUGGAUUUGGAGCUGACCCACUUUUCCACUUCUGUUCAACUCCUGAGAACUUCACUGCCAAUGGCCCUUAUGAAUCCAACCUAAACAAGCUUACUAGUUACCUCUACUAUCAAGCCCCUAGUACAGGAUUUGGUAUGGGUUCAAUAGGCCAGAACCCGGACCAAGCAUAUGGGCUUGCUCUUUGUAGAGGUGACGCCUCAACCUCAGAUUGCAAGACCUGUGUUGUUGAGGCAGGCGGUGAGAUUCGAAAGCGUUGUCCAUACAAUAAAGCGGCCAUCAUUUGGUAUGAUAACUGUCUUUUGAAGUACUCAAACAAUGAAUUCUUUGGCCAAAUUGAUAAUGGAAACAAGUUCUAUAUGUGGAACGUGAAAGUUGUAAGUGAGCCAGUUACAUUCAACGGAAAGACCAAAGAGCUUUUGACCCAGCUUGCCAAUAAAGUUGAAGCAACCCCCAAGUUGUACGAAACAGGAGAGAUGGAGCUAGGAGAAUCCACCAAGCUAUAUGGCUUGGUCCAGUGCACUCGGGAUCUUUCUAGUGCUGUCUGUAAGAAAUGCCUCGAUGGUAUAAUCGGUGAACUUCCAAGCUGCUGUGAUGGGAAAGAAGGUGGCAGAGUUGUCAGUGGGAGUUGCAAUUUCAGAUAUGAAAUAUACCCUUUUGUCAAUGCUUAACUACUUGGAGAAUGUUGAUGGACACUAUAUCAAGGGAAUGAAACCCUUAUUUUAUGUGUUCGCACUUCAUGUUUUAGUCACUUUCAUGUAUUAAUAUUGAAUAAAAAGUUCUCUGUGUGGUUAAUUUAAA